CUUGAGCAUGGCCGCCCGACGCGCCGCCUCGCUUUCCUUUCGUUCCCUGCCCCCUUACCUCUUUACCAACCUUCUCUGCUCCAGCAUUCUCGCCUCCUCUUUGACUCUUCAAGAUGGAGGGCGAUAAGCCCAUGUCUUCUUCACUGCGACUCCCCAAAGAGGUCCUGGAGACUGUCUUCAAGAUGGCGGCUCUACACGACACGCCCACUGCAGUCAGCUUCGCUCUCGUCUCGCGCGAGGUGUGCAAGAUCACCGCCGAGGAGCGAUGGUCCACUGCAGUCUUGCGAUCCAUGAAUCAAACCACCAGAUUCUUCUCGACAAUGUUUCACAAGCCGCUGCUCCGCAGGAAGAAUGCUCUAAAGAAUGAAAAUCCCAAUCUCAGUCCCGCCAUCCUCGCCAUGUACAAGCGACUAGGCACUAAGCGCUUGCUCUCGAAACCAGAUAUGCCUCACUACAGUCUCAUGCAUCUUUACCUCGAGAUGCACGACUACGAUCCGAGCAAGUGGCACAGAUUUUGCUGCGAGCACGCAGAUUGGGCCGUCAUAAAUGUCAAUCAUGAUGACUGGUUCUUCGACCAUGAUUUCAUCGUCAAGGACCCAGAGAUUGGAGCUUUCAACAUUGUUAUCUCUCUACGUACCCUCAGUCUCGGCGCAAAGGAGACUGAAACACAUGCCUGUGUCAAGACCUGUGCUCUUCAGCUGCAUCCCUGCGACCUGACUAUCGUCGUUGAUGGCUCCUCGGAGGCAAAAUUCUACGAUUUCAGCGACUUCGAAGACAGCGAUGAGGAAGAAGAGAUGGGCUACAAUCGACCGCCUCCUUACAUCAAAGUCAUUCGGAAAUGGCUCGCGCGAGAGAAUCUGUCUCGCCUUCACAUGGUCGGCGUCAAUACCAAGUCGGAGGAUACGGGUCUACCCUUUCCUUUUGAGGAGCUCGAAGAGUGCCGUGCUGGAAGUGGGCGGACGGCAUACUGGAGGGCUCGACUCUCACACAGUAAGUGGAGCGCACCAACUCAGAGCUUCAAGCAAAAGGAUCAUUGACCUGCUUUGACCCUGGGUGGAGCAGUCCGCUUCGACACUCGCCGCGCUGCCUUGGAGCCUGCCGAAAUCACCGCCCGUCGCUUCGCACCCUUCCUUCGAGAGAUUGUCUUCGCCGAGGCUAGGCCUGACACCGGUAGCUCUACAGGCGGUCACGGGGCAGGAAGUCCCACCACAUCAAGCGACGUUGAUUGCAAGGAGAAUACAUCAACGCGCGCAUCGUCAGCUGGUGUUGCGGCCAAGAAACGUGGAACCACGCAGAAGGGGUCAAUCGGCCGUAAGUUCGUGUCAGUCUUGGAGGACGGGGAGUCAGAGGAGGCAAAAGUCCUUCAGAACAGCACUGUAGGAGACUUC